AUGGGUGAAAUAACGGAGUCAACAAACAUGUCGCUGGCCAAGCUACAAGAGGGAGGCGGUGGCUCUUCCUCAUUAAUCAAGUGUCCUACCCUAACUGCAACCAACUACACGGUAUGGGCUAUGAAGAUGAAAAUUCUUCUUAAGGUACACAAGGUCUGGGAAAUCAUUGAUGAAACAUCAACCGAUGCGGAGAAGAAUGAUAUGGCCACGGCUCUGCUCUUCCAAUCUAUUCCGGAAGCGCUUGUGCUACAAAUAGGAGAACUGGAUUCUGCAAAGCAAGUUUGGGAUGCCAUAAGAACCAGACAUGUGGGUGCGGACAGAGUCAAGGAAGCGAGACUGCAAACAUUGAUGGCUGAGUUUGAUCGCUUGAAGAUGAAGGAUACGGAGACAAUCGAUGACUUCGUUGGCAAGCUAUCAGAAAUCUCUUCCAAAUCAGCUGCUCUCGGGGUAGAAAUUGAAGAACCCAGAAUCGUGAACAAGUUUCUAAAGAGUCUUCCAAGGAGAAAAUACAUACAUAUCGUGGCUUCUCUUGAACAAGUGUUGGAUCUCAAGAAAACAAGCUUUGAAGAUAUCAUUGGACGUUUAAAGGUCUACGAAGAACGUAUUUUUGAGGAAGAAGAGGCUCAGGACGAUCAAAGCAAACUCAUGUAUGCGAACAUGGACUCAACAACGAACCGUGAGUUCACCAGAGGAUAUAGAGGACGUGGUGGCCGUUUCUAUGGCAGAGGAAGAGGACGCGGAAGAUUUAAUGGUGGGAGAGACACUUCAAAGAUGACAUGCUAUCGAUGUGAUAAAGUGGGUUACUUCGCCUCAAAUUGCCUGGAUCGGCUCUUGAAGUUACAAGAAGCGCAGGAGAGUGACAACAAGAGUACAGCAGAGGCAGAUGAGCUCAGGAUACACGAGGUAGUAUAUCUAAAUGCAGAGAAAGUUGUUCCUAGCGUGUAUGAGACCAAUAGCGGAAGAGAUGAUGAUUGGUACCUCGACAAUGGAGCCAGUAACCACAUGACUGGAGAUCGACGGUACUUCUCCAAACUUGAUGAUUCUAUUACCGGGAAAGUGCGUUUUGGAGACGAUUCCCGCAUAGACAUCAAAGGAAAGGGAUCGAUUGAACUCAUUGAUCAAAACAGAGAGCUGAGGAUAAUGAUUGAUGUUUAUUUCAUUCCUGGAUUGAAGAGCAACAUCAUUAGUCUUGGACAAGCCACAAAAGCAGGGUGUGAUGUUAGAAUGAGGGGAGACAACUUAACGAUGCAUGAUCAAGAUGGAAGGUUGCUUGUCAAAGCUAUUAGAUCAAAGAAUCAACUUUACAAGGUGAAUAUGGGGAUAAGAGACACAACGUGUUUGUACUCAGCAACAACAAGUGACUCGAGCAGAUGGCACGCAUGGUUAGGCCACAUUAAUCAUGAGAACAUGAGAUCCAUGGUGCAGAGAGAACUGGUCAUGGGAAUUCCGCUUACUAACUUUGAAAAGAAAUUUUGCGGAUCAUGCUUACUUGGUAAGCAAGCAAGGCAAGUUUCCCACAAUUUACUUCGUUUCGAGCAACCAAAGUACUUGAAUUGGUGCAUGGCGAUCUCUGUGGUCCCAUAA